AAGUGCCCCCAAACAGGCUGGAGUGAAACGAGCGGCUACGGCGGCGCCGGCCCGCACGCGCGCUGCGGCGGCUCCCUCCCAGCCUCCCCUCCCCUCCCCUCAGUCCCUUUCCCCUUCCCCACCCCGCCCCGCCGGGCCAGCGCUAGCCGUCGCCCGCCCUCGGCAACCGCCCCCAACGGCCGCCCGCGCGCCGCGGGCUGGGCCCCUCGCUCCUCCUCUCAGGCCCCACGGGCGCCGGGCGCUCUCCUCCCCGCGCCUCGUACUCUCACACCUCGCGGGCACGCGGGCGAGCGGCGCCGCCAUGCGCGCCCAGUUCCAGGCUGCACACCGGCCUAGGCGCGGCGGCCCGAGAUAGGGUCCCCUGAGCCUCCCGGGGGAGGAGAGGAGCCAGCCGCGCGCUCCGCCCCCUCCCCCCGGGGUUGCCGGCGCCGCCGCCGCCGCCACCUCGCCGCCUCAGCCAGGCGGGGAGGAGGAGGAGCAGGAGCAGGCCUCCGGACCCCCGCACCGCCGCCCGCAGGACAUUUCUGAUUUAUUGCAUCCUUGAAGAGCAUCAGUAGAAGAGGAAAAAAAGAUGGGUGUGAAAACAUUUACUCACAGCUCCUCUUCCCACAGCCAGGAAAUGCUGGGAAAACUAAAUAUGUUACGAAAUGAUGGACAUUUUUGUGAUAUCACUAUUCGUGUCCAGGAUAAAAUCUUCCGGGCUCAUAAGGUGGUACUAGCAGCUUGCAGUGAUUUCUUUCGCACAAAACUUGUGGGCCAAGCAGAGGAUGAGAACAAAAAUGUGUUGGAUCUUCAUCAUGUUACAGUGACUGGCUUUAUACCUCUUUUAGAAUACGCUUACACAGCCACUCUGUCAAUUAAUACAGAAAAUAUUAUUGAUGUUCUAGCUGCAGCCAGCUAUAUGCAAAUGUUUAGUGUUGCUAGUACCUGUUCAGAGUUUAUGAAAUCAAGUAUUUUGUGGAAUACACCCAAUAGCCAACCAGAAAAGGGUCUAGAUGCUGGGCAAGAAAAUAGUUCUAAUUGCAAUUUUACUUCUCGAGAUGGAAGUAUUUCUCCAGUGUCUUCAGAGUGCAGUGUUGUGGAAAGGACCAUUCCUGUCUGCCGAGAAUCCCGGAGAAAACGGAAAAGCUACAUUGUUAUGUCUCCCGAGAGUCCUGUAAAAUGUAGCACACAAACAAGUUCACCCCAGGUAUUGAAUUCCUCAACUUCCUAUGCAGAUAAUAGAAAUCAGCCAGUUGACUCUUCUUUAGCUUUUCCAUGGACUUUCCCUUUUGGAAUUGAUCGAAGGAUUCAGCCUGAGAAAGCAAAGCAGACAGAAAAUACCCGGACUUUAGAGUUGCCUGGCCCGUCUGAGGCAGGUAGAAGAGUGACUGACUACGUGACUUGUGAGAGCACAAAAGCUACCUUGCCUCUAGGUACAGAAGAAGAUGUGCAGGUCAAAGUAGAAAGAUUAAGUGAUGAGGAAGUCCAUGAGGAAGUGUCCCAGCCUGUCAGUGCAUCUCAGAGCUCACUGAGUGAUCAGCAGACGGUGCCGGGAAGUGAACCAGUUCAAGAGGACCUUCUGAUUAGUCCACAGUCUUCCUCUAUAGGCUCAGUAGAUGAAGGAGUUACAGAGGGGUUGCCUACACUUCAAAGCACUUCUAGCACCAAUGCUCAUGCAGACGAUGAUGACAGAUUGGAAAAUGUUCAGUAUCCCUACCAACUCUACAUUGCUCCUUCUACCAGCAGUACAGAACGACCAAGUCCAAAUGGUCCAGACAGACCUUUUCAAUGUCCAACCUGUGGGGUUCGAUUCACCCGUAUUCAGAACCUAAAACAGCACAUGCUUAUCCACUCAGGAAUUAAACCAUUUCAGUGUGACCGCUGUGGAAAAAAGUUCACCAGGGCUUACUCGCUAAAGAUGCAUCGCCUAAAGCAUGAAGGUAAACGCUGUUUCCGGUGCCAGAUAUGUAGUGCCACUUUCACUUCCUUCGGGGAAUAUAAACACCAUAUGAGGGUUUCCCGGCACAUUAUCCGCAAGCCUCGGAUUUACGAGUGCAAAACAUGUGGCGCCAUGUUCACCAACUCUGGAAAUUUAAUCGUGCACCUGAGGAGUCUGAACCAUGAAGCAUCAGAGCUAGCAAACUACUUCCAGAGCAGUGAUUUCUUAGUGCCGGACUACUUAAACCAGGAGCAAGAAGAGACUCUUGUUCAGUAUGAUCUUGGAGAAAACACUUUUGAAAGCAACUCUUCUGUUCAAAUGCCUGUGAUUUCACAGGUCUCCUCAACCCAGAAUUGUGAAAGUUCUUUCCCUUUGGGGUCUCUUGGUGGGCUUGCAGAGAAGGAGGAGGAUGUGCAAGAGCAGCCAAAGACCAGUGCUUAUGCUGAGACCACCCAAGAUGACCCCCCAAAGUCAGAGCUGUCUUCUAUAACUAUCGAGUAAUUUUGUGAUUUGGUUUUGGUUUUUGGAAAGUGCCUGUGCUUGGUCUUUAACGUUUAAAGUUAACUUUUUAAACAAAGAAGGGUACCCUUUGUAAGCCCUGAAAUUGGAGGGUUGCUUUGUUUUUCUUUUUUUUCAUAGCUGAGAGAUUGCUUCUGUAUGUAUACAAUAAGGUAACAUUGAAACAGAACAUAAACUCUGAGAGUUAAAGAGAAGCAGCUGAUUUCAAACAUGGCAGUUCUUCCCAUUGUUAAAGUGGACAGCAGCAGAUACAGAAGAAACCAGGUUAUUGUUGACUUUCCUGAGAUAAGAGGGCUCUUGGGAAGUUAGUAAACAGAAUUUGACAAUGCCUAAGUAAAUGUUUACUCCUAGAUGCAGGGUAUUAUAAACCCUGUAGUUUUGGAAGUAUUUAUGGUAAUUUUUUCAAAUGAAGGUAAAUAACUUUUGAAAUCCAGCAUAUUCUUUUUUUAAGCCAUUAUGAAUUUUCAUGGUGAAAAAUUGGUAUCGGGCAGGCAUUUCCUGUACCUUUAUAGUACCACUCCAAAGGCUAAGAAGUGUGAUUGAGAAAAGUCAGGCUGUGCAUGGAAUGGCCAGGGUACAGAAUGAGGUAUGUAUACCCCAGCUUUAUAGGAAUUGUUUUAAUACUGUUUUUCUUACUAGAAUGAAUGUUUACCUGGCCUUUGAAUGCUGAUACCUGGCUAACUAGGACAUUGCCCAGAUAAGUGUCCUGUUGUCCCAUCAACAGUACUUUCACUUGCAUAUACUAUUGUGCUGCCAUAUAAAAGAAAAAUAUUGAAGAUAUUCUAUAUUUUAUAUAUAGGUUUAUGUAUUGUUGGGGAUGUUUAUGCUGUGCUGUUUUGGACAAAAUAAAAGAAUUCUGUUUUGAGGCUA